AUGGGGCACCUGGCCCAUUCGACUGAUGUGAGAACUACUAGAUUGGAGGUUGUUGUGCCAUGGAUGAUUGAGGCUGCAAUUUUAACCGCACUUACCCCCUUCCGAACUUCCAUUGACACUCUCACUACAAGAGUUGAGGCUUGUGAGAGCAAACAGGGGGAGACCUCUAAGGUUACGAUUUUGAAAGUCGAAGUAGCAGAUCUAAGGAAGGAUGUAGAUUAUCUAAAGUAUAUUGACGUCACUUCACUUCUGGAUGUUGUGGAUGAUGUGGAUGCCUCUGAGACUUCAGAAAUUCCUCCGACUACGACCGGAGAUGUACAUAGGGAUGGCACAACAACUGAUGAUUCGGAGGCAGAGACUAGUGAGGAGCAAAUCAAGAUGAGGGAGGAGAGCAUAUAA